GAGAGGCGGGCCGCACCAGCCCAGCUUUACUAAAAGGAGGGAAGCAGCUGCAGCCUUUGUUUUUUGGUUUUUUGUUUUGUUUUGUUUUAGCAGUCCCGCGCCUGCAAUCCCGCGAGCACCUUGUCCCGCAUAGUCGGCCGCCACCCGCCCGUGACGUCACUGAGACCCGCUUCCAGGUGACAGCAGACCCGGCGACUUCCGGUUCCCACUUUAGAGCAGUUCUUCAGCUUGUCAUGGGUAUCCGCGGACUGAUGAGCUUUGUGGAAGAUCAUGGUAAUGAGUUCUUCAUUGAUUUGAAGAUGCGGGACACAAAAAUUAUCAUAGAUGGCUACGCUCUUUUCCACCGACUUUGCUUCAAUUCAAACUUGGGGCUCCGUUAUGGAGGAGACUAUGAUUCUUUUGCAGAAGUUGUGCAGAAAUUCUUUGAGUCGCUGUCCGCUUGUAAUAUAUGUCCAUAUGUCAUACUAGAUGGAGGAUGUGACAUUUCUGACAAAAAGCUUACAACUCUAAAGGAUCGAGCGAGAGAGAAGAUCCAGAUGGCCCAUUCCCUUUCCGUGGGUGGGGGUGGGUACGUGUGUCCCUUGCUCAUCCGGGAAGUGUUCAUACAGAUGUUGACCAAACUGCAGGUAUGUUUUGUGCAGUGCUUUUCAGAAGCUGAUCAGGACAUUAUGACACUUGCCAAUCACUGGAAUUGCCCUGUGUUAUCAUCUGAUAGUGACUUUUGCAUUUUUGAUUUGAAAACUGGGUUUUGCCCAUUGAAUAGCUUUCAGUGGAGAAAUACGAACACCAUUAAAGGGACAAAAUCCUGCUAUAUUUCUGCCAAAUGUUUUUCUCUUGAUGCCUUUUGCCGUCACUUCAACAACAUGAACAAAACCCUGCUACCUCUCUUUGCAGUGCUGUGUGGAAAUGAUCAUAUUAAUCUGCCUAUUGUGGAGACAUUCUUAAGUAAAGUAUGCCUUCCUCUUAGAGGUAGUAGUUCUAAGGGGAGGAGACAUCACCGAGUUCUGGGAAUUCUGAGCUGGUUGUCUCAUUUUGCUGACCUUACUGAAGCACUAGAUCAUGUUCUGAAACAUCUGCCAAAAAAGGAUCGAGAAAAUGUUAGGGAGCUUCUCUGCUCCUGCAUGGAGGAAUACCAGCAGUCGCAGGUGAAGCUGCAGGACUUCUUCCAGGAUGGUGCCUUCGUCUGUCCAGAAGCCAUGAAUCUGGGUUUACCGGAGUGGGUGGUGGUGGCUUUGGCCAAAGGCCAGCUCUCCCCUUUCGUCAGUGAUGCUUUGGUAUUAAGACGAACCAUUCUUCACACACAAGUAGAAAACAUGCAGCGCCCAAAUGCCCACAGCAUCUCUCGACCCAUCCGGCAGAUUAUUUAUGGGCUUCUUUUGAAUGUGUCAUCACAUCCAGAAAACGUGUCCCCGAGGGCAUUGCCAUCUCAGUCUCUAGCUUUCAGUGAAGUGGAAAGGAUUAAUAAGAAUAUUAAAACAUCCACUGUUGAUGCAAUAGAACUGCCCAAGGAUUAUUCUGACUUGAGCAAACUGACCAAGCUAUCCUUGGCUAGGCGGCAGACGCUUCUGUUAGAAACUCUGAAGGUGAGACAGACUGUCCUGGACCCGAUCCCGCUUGCUCUGAAGUUGCCCGUUGCUGUCAGCUGCUACUGGUUGCAGCACACGGAGACCAAGGCCAAGCUGUGGCAUCUACAGGCCCUGCUGCUGGGGAUGCUGAUGGGCCCCUUGCACGCCAUCAGCAACAGCUCUGGAAAUAUGGAAUCUGCACCCCGGCAAGCUCAGUGCCUCACUGCUCGCUAGCUGGUGAAAGGUGGGACUCCUUUUUAUUAAUUCUAAGUUGGUCUGGGUGUUAUUUUGUGUGUCAGGGCUUAAGCCUGCAGAAAUGCACAGCUGAAUAUACAGAGCAUUCUACGUCCUACGUUGGUUGUUUCUUGCCCUUUAUUUUCUAGGAAAAACUGGUUGUCAUGAUUCUGAGAUGGAGUCAUAUUUUGG